CCAGACAAGAAUUUCAGGCAGUAAUGGAUGAAAGAAAGCUGAUUGCUAAGACCUCUCUUUAGACUGCUUUGGAUGGGGCAGACUCUGUAGCCAAGGCCAUGGCAUCUGCUAUCAGAAUGCAUAGGUGUUCAUGGCUUCAAUCAUCAGGCCUUCAUCAGGAUGUCCAAACAGACUGUCCAGAAUCUCACUUUUGAGGAGCUGAGCCUUUUUUCCCAGUGGACUGAUAAGCUUCACAGUCUUUACGAAUUUAUAUUCCACUCCUUUAAAAGAAGCAAUUUCACCCUCCAUCAUUCCACUGUUACCAGCCCUGUAUGCCUAAGCAAUGUGUCCAGUUGAGGAGAAAAAGUAAGAGUCAUAGGAGGAGAUCACCACCUAACUUUCUGUCUGCAGCAAGCCCAUCCAAACAGUCUGGGAAUGCCAAGUGGUGGGGAUGAGAUCCCGAAACCAAGGUGGAGAAAGCUCUCCUAAUGGGCAUUUCCCCAGUUCUAAGCCCAUUGUCAGCAAUGCAGAGAAUGAAAACCUUCAGGAAGAUGCCAAGAAAAAGAACAAAUCUCAUCGAAAGGAAGAGGAGGUCACAGUCUCAGGGACUGUAAAAAGACAGUUAAAGUCACCGGCACCUGGUGAACGAAAGAACAAGAAAUCCAUAGAACUUUCUAAAGAGGACUUAAUCCGGCUCCUCAGUAUAAUGGAAGGAGAACUGCAGGCUAGAGAAGAUGUCAUCCACAUGCUGAAGACAGAGAAAACCAAACCUGAAGUUUUAGAGGCCCACUAUGGAUCAGCAGCUCCAGACAACGUGUUGCGAGUAUUGCAUAGGGAUGCCAUCCUUGCCCAAGAAAAAUCCGUAGGGGAAGAUGUCUAUGAGAAACCCAUUUCAGAGCUGGACAGACUGGAAGAAAAGCAGAAAGAGACAUAUCGACGUAUGUUGGAACAGCUCCUCUUGGCCGAGAAGUGCCAUCGGCGCACAGUUUAUGAGCUGGAAAAUGAGAAGCAUAAACAUACAGAUUACAUGAACAAGAGCGAUGACUUUACCAACCUCUUGGAGCAGGAGCGUGAAAGGUUAAAGAAGCUUCUCGAACAGGAAAAAAUCUAUCAAGCCCGCAAGGAGAAAGAACACACAAAGAGACUCAAUAAACUGAGAGACGAACUGGUCAAACUCAAGUCAUUUGCACUCAUGCUAGUGGAUGAGAGACAAAUGCAUAUUGAACAACUUGGUCAACAGAGUCAGAAAAUACAAGAUCUUGCUCAGAAACUAAAGGAGGAAGAAGAAAAGCUUAAAGUUAUUAGUUCAAAAACAAAAGAAGAUGGACAAAAAUUGAUGAAGUUAGAAGCAGAACUUGAACACAAGACAUUAUCAUUUUCUCAAGAGCAUGAGGAGAUGACCGCUAAACUGGGUAAUCAAGAGUCACAUAAUAGACAGCUGAGACUUAAGCUGGUUGGUUUGACUCAUAGAAUUGAGGAGCUAGAAGAAACUAACAAAAAUCUUCACAAGGCUGAGGAAGAGCUUCAGGAAUUAAGAGAUAAAAUAGCAAAAGGAGAAUGUGGAAACUCUAGUUUGAUGGCUGAAGUGGAAAAUCUACGCAAGCGUGUACUUGAGAUGGAAGGCAAAGAUGAGGAGAUCACAAAAACUGAAUCCCAGUGUAGAGAGCUGAAAAAGAAACUGCAAGAGGAAGAACAUCAUAGCAAAGAGCUGAAAUUUGAAGUGGAAAAGUUGCAGAAGAGAAUGUCAGAACUGGAGAAGCUGGAAGAGGCUUUUAGUAAAAGUAAGUCUGAAUGUACCCAGUUGCACUUAAAUCUGGAGAAAGAAAAGAAUUUAACCAAAGACUUAAUAAGUGAGUUGGACAUGGUGAAGACUCGAGUGAAAGAUCUUGAAUCUUCAGAAAGUAAGUUGGAAAAAGCUGAACUAAGCUUAAAGGAGGACCUUACCAAGCUGAAGUCAUUUACUGUCAUGCUGGUGGAUGAAAGAAAAAAUAUGAUGGAAAAAAUAAAGCAGGAAGAAAGAAAAGUUGAAGGUCUGAACAAAAAUGUUAAGGUGGAACAAGGUAAAGUUAUGGAUGUGACUGAGAAAUUAAUAGACGAAAGUAAGAAACUUUUGAAACUGAAAACUGAAAUGGAGGAAAAAGUGUCCAGUUUAACAAAGGAAAGAGAUGAGUUAAUUGGGAAACUGAAAAGUGAAGAAGAAAAGUCCUCUGAACUGAGUUGUAGAGUUGAUUUGUUAAAGAAAAGAAUUGAUGGUAUAGAGGAAGUAGAAAGAGAAAUAGCAAGAGGUCGAGCCAGAAAAGAACAAGAACUUGCUUAUCAUGAGGACAACAAGAUUAAAGAACUAACCAUUGAAAUUGAAAGACUGAAAAAACGUCUUAAACAAUUGGAAGUGGUUGAAGGAGACUUGAUGAAGACAGAGGAUGAAUAUGAUCAGCUGGAGCAGAAAUUUAGGACUGAGCAGGACAAAGCUAACUUCCUUUCUCAACAACUGGAGGAAAUGAAGCUCCAGAUUGCCAAAAACAAAGCAAUAGAGAAGGGUGAAGUGGUGAGUCAGGAAGCAGAGUUGAGGCACAGGUUUAGGUUAGAAGAAGCUAAAAGCAGAGAUUUGAAAGCAGAAGUGCAAGCUCUUAAGGAAAAAAUUCAUGAGCUGAUGAACAAAGAAGACCAGCUUUCCCAGCUCCAAGUUGAUUAUUCCGUUCUUCAACAAAGAUUUAUGGAAGAAGAAGAUAAAAACAAAAAUAUGGGUCAGGAAGUCCUGAACUUAACAAAAGAGUUAGAGCUUUCUAAGCGUUACAGUCGUGUCCUUAGACCCAGCAUGAAUGGUAGAAGAAUGGUAGAUGUUCCUGUGACAUCUACUGGGGUGCAGACUGAUGCAGUAAGCAGUGAAGCAGCAGAAGAAGAAACCCCAGCUGUGUUUAUAAGGAAAUCCUUCCAAGAGGAAAAUCACAUCAUGAGUAAUCUGCGACAGGUAGGGCUGAAAAAACCCAUAGAGCGCUCAUCUGUGCUUGACAGGUAUCCCCCAGCAGCAAAUGAGCUUGCAAUGAGGAAAUCUUGGAUACCAUGGAUGAGAAAAAGAGAGAAUGUGUCCCAAGGAGCUCAUGAUAAAGGAGCCCGAACACAUGGUAGCCCAGGACAUCCUGGAGAGGUUGUCCUUUCCCCAAAGCAGGGGCAACCUCUUCAUAUUCGGGUGACUCCAGAUCAUGAGAAUAGUACAGCUACUCUGGAGAUAACUAGCCCAACAUCUGAGGAAUUCUUUUCAAGCACCACUGUCAUUCCAACCUUGGGAAAUCAGAAGCCACGGAUUACCAUCAUUCCCUCUCCAAAUGUGUCACAAAAAGGAAAAGGUGGCGAGAACUCAGUGGGCCCAGAGCGUGCUAUGUCACCUGUUACUAUAACUACAUUCUCCAGAGAAAAGUCCUCAGAUGGAGGGAGAGCUCCUUUCAUGGAAAGACCCAUGUCCCCAAUUCAGAUUAUGACAGUAUCUACAUCUGCAGCACCAUCAGAAAUCUCUCUCUCUCCAGAAUUGCAGGAUAUGACCAUGGGAAGGGCUGUUUUCAAAGUAACACCAGAAAAACAAACUGUCCCAACCCCAAUCCGGAAGUACAAUGCCAAUGCCAACAUUAUAACAACAGAGGACAACAAAAUUCACAUUCACUUAGGUUCUCAGUUUAAACGCUCCCCUGGUGCUGCUUCUGAGGGAGCUAGUCCUGUGAUAACGGUCAGACCAAUGAAUGUAGCAGCAGAAAAGGAGGUUAUGACUGGUACCGUCCUUCGUUCCCCUAGGAACCAUUUCUCCUCCAGGCCUGGAGCAAGCAAAGUGACAAGUACCAUAACUAUAACUCCAGUUACAACAUCAUCCACACGAGGAACACAAUCAGUGACAGGACAGGAUGGGUCAUCACAGAGACCUACACCCACCCGUAUUCCUGUGUCAAAAGGUAUGAAAGCAGGAAAGCCAGUAGUGGCAGCCCCAGGAACAGGAAAUGUGACAAAAUUCGAGCCUCGUGCCGAGACUCAGUCUAUGAAAAUAGAACUGAAGAAAUCUUCAGCCAACAGCUCUGCCUCCCUGGGCGGGGGGAAGGGCUGAGGGCAGUGGCUAAGGGGGUAUGUUGUGCAGGUUUUACUGCUACCAUGGAAAUCAACCCCCUGUCUGUUAGUUGCUGGUGUUUGCAUUUACUAAUUAAGUCCUGAAACUGUCACUUAACAUAACAAACUAAUAGGUGUGUGUGUGUGUGUGUGUCUUGACUUUAACAAUAUAAUUUUGUUUCUAUGCUGGGCUAAAAAGCUACUUGGAGGCUCGUAAUGUUUGCAGACAAUGAAAUCAGAUUGAGCAGCCUCACUUACACAUUGAUCUUAAUCAGGCGUUAUUGAAUUUAUAGAUAGGGUGGGCCACUUCUUAAGAGAUUGUCUCAUGGGACCACCUUCCAUCUCACUCACAAUUGCGUAGGCUACUUUCCCUCCUUUUUCAUGAUCAUUUAACAUUCCUGAGACAACUAUAGUAUUGCUUGCCUAGAGAAGUAAUGCUAGAAAAGCCAUGUAUUUUUAGGUCUCUUUUAAUGAAGUCUCAUAGCUAAAACAAAGAGGAAGAGCCAGCACCAUGUGACCAGCCAUCUCUCUAUGGAUCAGCAGUGAUUCACAGACCGCAGUUUGGAAAGCACUGAUGUAAUUGAUUUUUUCUUACAGCCACAAUUUGGGCCUGAUCCAAAACCCCUGGAAGUCAAUGGAAUUACUUUCUUUGGGCUUGUCUAUACUUUUGGCUAGAUUAGCAUUGUUGUGAUCAAUGCAGCGGUGUCGAUUUAGUGGGUCUGGUGAAGACCUGCUAAGUCAAUGGCAGAGUGCUCUCCCAUCGACUCCUGUACUCCAGCUCCUCAAGAAGAGUAAGGUAAGUCAGCAGGAGAGCAUCUCCCAUCAGCACAGCAGGAUGUAGAUACUGCGAUAAGUGGAUCUAGUUUUGUCAACUUCAGUUAUGUUAUUCACGUAACUGAAGUAGUGUAACUUAGAUUGAUUUCCCGUGGUAGUGUAGACAAGGCCUUUGACUUCAGUUUACUUUGGAUCAGGCCCAUAAUCAGAAAGUGUGCUGUAGUUUGACAACAGCUGCCUAGAGUUCUUCUGUCUUAGAACAGUCCUUAGUACAGACAGUUAAUGGUGCAAAGUAAUUGAUGAAGAACUCUGCUCAGAUACAGAGGAUAGGGGACAGAGGGCUUUGCACCCAACUUACCCUGAAUUCCAGCGUGUUCCCUGAAGUCUGGUAUGUGUCUAUCUCAAAUAAAGAACCAGUUUACAGUGCUAUGGAGUACCAGUUUGUGUUUUGCUUUGUUCUGGUUAUACUGAAGUAUUUGCAUUUUUUCCGUUUGUGUUUUUUUUAGCAUGUUUUAAGGAAGUAUUUCAGCAUGGAAAUGGAUGUGGAUGUAAAUGAUUGAUGUCAUUAUUUUGUUUGAUAGCACCAUAAUUUCCCCAGAAAAUUCAAUUUCCACACAAGUAAGAUACAAUAAAGGAACUCUGGGUUGAAAUAACUUGACAUACUGUGUCUCAGCCAGAAGGUGCAUUUUAAAAAUAUAUAAUGAUUCAACCCUUUGAGUGAGCUAUUAAGAGUUCCACAACUGUGGGUGCCCUUGCUGGAGGAGAGAUGAGAAAGGAAGAUGACUCAUGCAGCAUGAAGAAUACAAGUGUAAUGCAAAAUGAAUUUGAGGGUGAAUGUUAAGUGAAGAAGUUAAGUGGCUGAAGGAAGCAAAUGCAGUUAAUAGGAUGUACAGGAUCAAUGCAAUGAACCAAGGGAUUGGGUGAUUAGUUUCUCUUGUGAAGGAGAGGUUGAAAGAAGAGUCUGUCAGUGGAGGGCAACAAAAAGGUGGUAGAAUCAGGCAAUGUUUAUCCUGAUUUUCACAGGUCUUCAAGCAUCUUCCAUUAACCUGCAUCUCUAAUUAACUUUGGAAAUGUAGGUGCUAGGACAUCUGAAAAACAGACUCAUGACUUUAUAUAUAUAUAUAAUUUUCCUAAUAGCAGAACCAAACUUGGAGCUUCUUCUUGGGAAUUUGUGAGUUACUGACCAGAAGUGCAUCACUGCUUCCAGCUAACUGUUAUGCCCAAUAAAUGCCCCAUACCUCAAUUUGUCAAUUAAUCAUUAGUGAGUUCUUAUUAUUUCUAAGUAUCAGAACUUUUUCAGCAGAAGUUCUAAACAUAAUAACAUGAAGCUAAAAGCUCAUUAUAACACUAAAUGCUGAGCUAAACCAAAUCUUCCACUUAGUUCAAAACAGUCAUUUUAAAUGCUGCAAAGUAGAUGAGCUCCCUAGUAAUGUGGUAUGAUACAGUAAUGAACUAUGGAUGGCUUAAGCCUUCUUUUUCAUAGCUUUUAAAAAGAAAUUAGCUCUUCCUAACUUAAGUGAUGAUAUAUAUGGGACAAUAGUCUAAAUGUGCCUGCCUUUGAAAGCAGCAUCUGUUUUGGAUGGGAUUUGAGAGACUACUUUAUCUGAAGAAGAAACCAUCAGAUCAAAUUAGAUAUCCAGUGCCACCACAGCACAGCUAGAAUUGGAGAGGCAAACUAGAAGUAUCACUUGUGGAGUUAUCAGGACAUGAGAAGGAAUCCAGCAACCCCAGAUGAAACAGAAUUGACAAGUAAGACUAGUAUUUUGAGGAUUCAGUGGCAGAGCCCACUGCCAGGACCAGACCAGAGAAAAAUCUCUGAUCCACAGCCAACCUAGCAAAAGGUCAAGGAAUCAGAACCAGGCAAAAGGAUGUUUCUGAAACUAAUCUGAAAAAAAACCUCACAAACAAACAAAAAGUAACAACUUGUGAAUAUUGGUAGGAAAAGACCUUAAAACAUACUAAUCUUGUUUAAAUAUUAGCAAGAAGAGGGCAGGUCGCAAUUUACAAAGCUUCUCAAAAGGAAAGAAAGAUAAAGUGUAAGGGUUGAUGUAAGCCAAAGGGUAAUGUAAAUUAUUUACUAAAUAUUGAUAUAUAAGGGUUUAUUCUGAGGUUCACGGAAAUUAAAUAUUUUGUAUAAACUGGAGAAAACUGUGUGCCUAUAAGUACUUAUGGAUAUCUGUUUUAAGUUUAGUGUGCAUCUUUGGUUAAAAAAUUAGGUGAGUUCAGCAUUUUGUAAUAUGUUUUCAUGUACCUGAAGUUUGCUACUCUAAGUAGGGGGUGGGCGGGGAGGGAAUUGCAACAACAAGAAAGGCUUGUAGCACAAAAGUCUUAAAAAGUUGAAGCUUAGCUGUCUUGAUAAUACAGUUCAGAGUCCCUUUUCCUCUGAAGGUAGCAAUAUAGUUAGUGACUACAAUAAGAUAAGCCACUCAGCACCUUAAAACUUUGUCUAAUGAAAGAAGCAUGACUGUUACAAUAUCUCUGUCUGUGAGAAAGGUCUCAGAAGAAUGAGUCAGGUUACAUCACAAAAGUGUUCCAGCAUAUAUGUAUGGAGUUAAGGACAGAGUAACCUCCAUAACUGAAUUUCCCUGUAUUUGAUUUUAAAUCUGAUCCUUAACACAAGUUUCUACUCAAUUAUAUAGGGCCAGGUGCUGUCACCCUUACUCAUGCUAAGUAUAGCUUGCUCAUGUGAGUAGUCUCAUGGCCAUAAACAGAAAUAUUGAUCUGACUAAGCGCUGCUCAGCGUGAGAAAGGUUGCAGAAUUUGGUUCAUAAUGACAUGCAAUCUCUAGUCUAAGGGGUUUCUUUCAGAUCUUAAAAUAUGAUAAGCAAACAAUAUCUUGACUUCUUAUGGCCACUUUGAUCUUUAGUUGUUUACUCUUUUCGUUUUCUGAUCACAAUCCUUCACUGUGAUUAAAAAAGCAAAUAACAUCUUGUGAGUUUUAUAAAUAUGACCGUACAGAAUGUACAUGACAGUAUUUUAACUUUAAACCACUUACUUGAUGAUUAAUAUCAUGUGCAUAAUCUCUAAAACAGCAUUGGUCUGCAAAGGUUCAUGCCAAUUAUAGACUAAAUUCCAUGUUAAACAUGUUUUCAGAUCCUCUGAAGGUUAACACUAAUGUUCGGUGACCAAUCAGAAUUUUAAGAGCACAUCUUUAAGAGGGAAGGCUACCAUCCUACCAUGUUUCAGGUUUUUGACACAGGCUACAACAAUAAGGAUGGUUUUCAGACCAAUUAUAUGUUCCUAUCGCAUAUCAGUUGCUGACAUCGCUAAGUCAGUUUGAAACCUGUAGUAUGCUGGCAGUAGUUUCUAUGAGCUCAUCUUUUAAACUUGUUCUCCUUUAGGGGAAUGUUUUUCUCUUCCAUCUGUGCAAGUAAUGCUCAUUCCCUUAACUUCGACUGAGCUCUCCCAGACAGAGCUCUUUCUAACAUUUGUCAUUAUAGAUGUUGACUUCACUUUGAAACUAUCUUACUACUUGGUCUCUGUUCUUAUUUGGCUUUUUGGAAAACAUCAAAAGGGUUAACUACUUUCAAACUGGGAGCUAUCAGCUGCAGGAACAAAACCAUGUAGGACCAUGUGUGGGUUUAUUUUAUUUUAUUUUUUGGCUUCUUGCAAGAUACAAGUAUGAGCAACUCCCUAUAUUAAAAACUCUUCUAAAGAUUAUUUUAAAAUUUCAGAAAUAGUUAUACUGGUACAUGAUCUACUUUUGUCACUGGGACUUAUACAAAAAGAUGUACUGGAGACAAUAUAAUAUGGUACUAUCCAUUCAUGUAAAUUGUAAAAAGAAAUUUAAUUUAAAUUUCAAAUGUUAAAAUGGCAGUUGAUUUGCUUUUAUUAUCUGAAUUGGUCAGACUUUAUGCAAAUUGUUCACUAUGGACCAGAUUCUAAACUCAUUUACAACAGUGUAAAUGAAAAUAACUACAAUGACCUCUGAUUUAUAGCAAUAUAAUUUAAAUCUAAAUUUGGUCCUAUCCAUACAGAUGUCUUCAUUUAAUUUUAUCUUUAGAAUAAAUUAAUUAAGUUUUGUUUAAGUAAACUUAUAGCUCAUGGAAGCUGUAAGAUUUAUAGUCCCAGAAGCACUCUCUCUAGCCAUUGCCAGAUUAUUCCUACAUCACUGUGCCAGAAUAUAUCCGGGAUGGCCAAACCAUGGCUCAUGAGCUGCAUGCGGCUCUUUUACAAUUAAAGUGUGGCUCGUGGAGCCCCUCCGGGCCCUCCCUUCUCCACCUACCAGAUGGGGCUGGGGGGGGGGAGCUCGGGACCUCUGCUUUUCAGCAG